AUGGGUCUACUGGCGCUGGGAACCCCGCUAGAUUGGCCAGACGCAAAGCAUAAUGCAAACCAUGUGAGGGAAUGGGGAGUUAAGCAAUUGUUGUCCGUGUGGAACAGAGCCAAGGGCAAAGAAAGAGACGCCUUACUCUGGGGAGAUGAAAUCGAGUACCUUGUUGUGAACUUCAAGGAGCAAGAACCAAACGUCACACUGUCCCUGCGGCAGGCAGACAUCUUGACUGCACUUGCUCAGGACGAUAAGCUAUGCCACGACGGAGGCUGCGUACCUGAAUUACAGGACGUAGGCGGUUCUCUCCCCAUAUUUCACCCGGAGUUCGGACGAUUCAUGCUCGAAGCUACCCCUGGUCAGCCAUGGGGCAUUGGAUUUAAAGAUCUCCUUGAUGUUGAAAAGGACAUGAAACUGAGACGGAGGAUAGCCAAAGAACAUAUGAACCCAGAGGAGUAUCCAAUAACUCUAACAACUUACCCGCGCCUCGGAAGCCCUGGCAUAUUUACUUCACCUUACUACCCACCCUCUGGAGAGAAGCUGCGGUCACAGUUCGUACCAGACGAAAUAGCCAAUCCACACAUCCGUUUCCCCACCUUAGCGGCCAAUAUCAGAUCUAGAAGGGGCCGCAAGGUACAGGUCAACGUUCCAGUGUAUAGGGAUACAAACACGUCGUGGCCUUGGAAAGACCCAACAGUCAACUACGACCUGACAAAAUGGCCUGAGGAUGCUGACGUACGGAACGGUGCUGCACCUGAUAACUUUAUACACAUGGAUGCGAUGGCCUUUGGUAUGGGAAGCUGCUGUUUACAAAUUACCUUCCAAGCCAAGAGUAUCGCAGAAGGCCGUCGCAUGUACGAUCAACUGAGUCCAUUAGGUCCCAUCCUCUUGGCUCUCACGGCAGCUACCCCAAUAUAUAAGGGUUUUCUGGCUGACACGGAUGUUCGGUGGAAUCAAAUAAGUGCGGCUGUGGACGAUAGAACGCCAGAGGAGUUAGGAGAAGAGCCUUUGAGGAACAACCGCUGGAGAAUACCUAAAUCUCGAUAUGCGGCAAACUCGACAUAUAUCUCUAACGACCCUAGAUUGAGAAAAGAGUACAUGGACCCAGAUCUUAUCGUUGAUGCUGAUGUCAAACAACAGCUCAUGGAUGGCGGCAUGGACUCGCUCCUGGCUACUCAUUUCGCCCAUCUUUUCAUACGAGAUCCUAUUGUCAUUUUUGCCGAGGAUUUGAAGGAGCUCGACCUUUCGAAAAGCGACCACUUUGAGAACCUGCAAUCAACCAAUUGGCAGCACAUACGUUUCAAGCCCCCACCAACUGGUAGUGAUAUCGGGUGGCGUGUGGAAUUCAGGCCGAUGGAAAUUCAAAUUACGGAUUUCGAAAAUGCCGCAUUUUCGGUCUUCAUUGUUCUCAUCACGCGAGCAAUUCUCAGCUUUGAUCUCAACUUCUACAUACCUGUUACUAAGACAGACGAAAACAUGGAAACCGCCCACAGACGCGAUGCAGUCUUGAACGAUAAAUUCUACUUUAGAAAAAACCCGUUUCCCACAAGAGCACCGAGACCAUAUUCGGCAAAUGGAAGGUCCACCCCUACAGGAACAUCAACACCUUCUGUACUUAGCCGACCUCCUACCCCUACAGGACCUGUGGAGGACGAAUACGCUCUUAUGGGAAUUGACGAGAUCAUGAACGGAAGUAAAGACGGUUCCAAUAAUGAGUUUCCCGGUCUUAUCCCUAUUGUAGAGAGCUACCUUGAUAGCAUGAAUGUCGAUGUGGAGACGCGAUGCGAGCUGACUGCGUAUCUGAACCUGAUUCGUAAGCGCUCUGACGGUACUCUUUGGACAGCUGCGAGGUGGAUUCGCAGUUAUGUACGAGGCCAUGAAGAAUAUAAACAUGAUAGCGUUGUUAGUGAGAAGAUUAAUCAUGAUUUGAUUGGCGCUGUUAUCGACAUGGAAGGCAAAGGUGAAUGGAACAUCCGGGAUGCUGGGAAGCUUCUAGGAAAAGGGUUUUCGCCAUGCAAGGAGGGCAUUAUGGCCUUGGCGCGGCCUCCGAUAGUUGAUCAAACCAGUUCAGGGCCUUAG